AGCUUCUGCAGAGAAAGCUUCUUCCUCAUUCCACACAACCACUACCAACCCACGUCGAUGUUGUUCAGUCAAUCUCAAUCAUCCGCAGUCUUACGAGGCUCAAGCUUGAGAAGGCGAACGCGAUUAAAGAGUUAACAUCCGCCUGUCACGAUGUCGUCCGACUCGUCCACGUCUCCCACGUCUCCUGGCCGUCCAGUUGCUUCCGAAACUUCCAGUCCGCCCAUUUCACCACUGACUCUACCUGGCACCAACGACUCUUCCACGUCCUUCACAUCUGCGCGCCUUGAUCCGAUCAUCGAACAUGUCAAAGCAGAUCACGUCCAGCGAAACCCCAGCCUUCGCUAUCGAGUUUCAUCCUCGUCCAGCAUUUCCUUUAAAUCCAAUGGUGCCCAUAAGCCGACGGGGUCCACGAAAGCGAAGCCUCCAUCGCGAGUACGCGAGCGGUCUCCCCCUGCCGAAUCUAGAUUUCAGAAUCAUGUCUCGUUCGACAACUUUGCAGGUGGCGAGCCGACGGAGAAGAACACCAUUUCCUUCACUCUCAAUGUCAAGCACAAGGGCUACCAGUACAAGAGACGCUCUCGCACGUUCAUGGUUGGCAUAGAUGAGAAUGAUUACUCCGAUAUUGCCCUGACUUGGAUGCUGGAUGAAUUGGUGGACGAUGGCGACGAGGUUAUUUGCAUCAGGGUUGUCGACAAGGAUAGCAAAAAUGUCAGUGAUCGGAAUGUUGAACGUAGACAGUACCAGAAGGAUGCGAAGAAUCUGAUGGCACGAAUCCAAGAAAGGAGCGACGUUAAUAAGGCCAUCAGUAUUGUCUUGGAAUAUGCUGUAGGCAAGACUCAGAUCACUUUUGGGAAAAUGAUCCAACUCUACGAACCAGCAAUGCUCAUUGUUGGUACUCGGGGCCGAAGUCUCGGUGGCAUUCAAGGGCUCAUCAACCAACGAAAUUCCUUCUCGAAGUGGUGUCUACAAUACUCGCCCAUACCUGUCGUUGUAGUAAGGCCAACAGAGAAGAGGCUGAAGAAGAAGGAGAAGAGAGAGCAGGACCCAACUCGACAAGACUAUGCCAGGAUAUUGAAAGAGAGCGGAAUCGAAGAGCAUGAGACAGAGAUCGGUUCGAGAAGUAACAGCAUAUUCGAGGCAACCAAUGAACCGGAUGUCGAGGCACAUGAGGUGGCAGCCGCUCUCGGACUUCCAGCACAUUUUGACCCAACUCUAAAACCUCACAAUCCCGACAGCGAACGAAACAGCAGGAAGCUUAGCAAAGUCGAUUCAGAGAGAAACCAGGCCACAAAUAGCAGUCUAUCUCCUGACUCGAGGCCGUCUAGCCCAAGCGCAGUGAAGGAUAGUCCCAAGAUCCAAAUCGAAAGCUCUACCCUGAGUGGAGAGGAAAGCAGUGAAGGAGAGGAAGGCGAGGAAGAUGAGGAGGAGGAAGAAGGUGAUUUUGAUGUGGUUCCAGGUCAUACGUUAUUGGGUGACGAGGACGAAAUCUUCGAGAUCGAGAGGAAGAAGAAACUUCAUGCGAUGGAAGUUGGCGAGGCUGCUGCCCUAGCACGGAGCAGCAGGAAAAUAUCUGUCGGAAGUGCUGACAGUUCCGGAUCUAUACCUGGAGGAGCUCCCCUCGAUGAUGAUGCUGAUGGCGAUGCGGAUGACGAUAUGCGAUGAUUAUAAAUAUUCAUAGUACUUGAGCGGGCGUGCUGGUUCUGGCUGCAUGGAUGUCGGAACUACUGUCUUCUAAGGGGAAACGGCGUUUAUGGUAAGAGCGAGACUUUUGCUGCAUUAAGCGGUUCGAAUGUUCCUACAUGUGCUGGUCAUUGAGAUUCGCCAUGUGCAGGA